AUGGCAAACGACUAAAGGAUAUAAAUCUAACUGAUGAUGAAUGGCAAGCAAUAGGUAAAUUAGUAAUUAUUUUGGAGGAUUUUGCUGGAGUAACUGAAUACCUAGGUGGAAGCAAUUAUACAACAAUUAGUUUGAUGUAUAGUUUGUUAGCAAUAAUCAGCAAAAAAAUAAUACCUGAGAACUCUGAUAUGGAAGUUAUAGAUCUGACUAGUUCAAAUACUGCCUUUGAUGAUGAUAUUGGUUAUGAAGAUGCUCCGGAGGAUGAACCUAUCACUCAACAACCUAAACAUAGAAAAAUUAAUAUUAAUGUUCCACAAAAUUGUUUUGAUCUUGAAAAACGUAUUAAAACGGCAUUGUAUCAAUCUAUUAAUCACUAUUGGGAAGUUCCACAAGAGCAAGGAAUGUUGGCUGCAUUAUUAGAUCCACUAUUCAAAUAUUUAGAAUUUGCCUCUGAAAUGUUGCACAUGAGAACUUAUGAACAAUUAAAAGAUGCUUAUCAAGAUAUGAAAGACUUAACUAAUGAAGAUCAAGAAGCUGAAUUCAGACCUGUUUCAUCAAAUUCAUUAUUAGCAAGAAUAUUUCAAAAUAAUUAUAUUCAUGUUAAUGAAAUAACUAAUUAUUUAACCAUGCCAAAGAUUCAUUUUGAUGAUUGCCCUUU